AUGGAAAGUACGGUGUCACUCACAUUCCUUCUAUCGUUUUCCGUACUACUGUGUGAAAUUUAUCAUCAUGGAGUGGAGAUGGUUACUGUUGUGCAUACAAUGGAGAGAACUUUUCCAGAAAAGGCAGCUGGUGUGAAUAUUGAUUUGGCAGGAUUAAUACAGAAGUUUCACCUUCAAGAACUCUUUCAUCGUUAUGGCGAAAACAACUCGCUGUCGAUUGACGGGUUUAGAAAACUGCUUCAGAACAUAGGUAUAGAUAAAAUGAAACGAAUUAAAAUAGACCAUGAUCAUGACCAUGACCAUGAUCAUGAUCAUCACCAUCAUAAUCAUGUGCCGUCAAGUAAAAUCUCUGAGAAGACUGUUUGUCCAAACCACGAAUCGGAUGCUAACAAAGACCACAGGAACAGUCACUCAAAGGAACCUCAUAAAAUGCAAAACGCAGAACAUCAGCAGAACUUUGUACGCAGCAAGAACGCAGUUAGUGAAAGAAUGGCACCCUUCAUCACUGCUACCACAGGUGGCCACUCUGAGUUACAGAAUGUGCAACCUGGAGAAGUCAAGCCUGCUGCUCGUCUAGGUCUGUCCAGUCCUAAUGCCAUUAAUGUCACAGGUGGCAGCAACGCAAGCUCGCCUGCGAACAGCAAAGCAAAUGAAUCUCAUGCUUCUCCGAAGGAAUCAGAAAAAGGGAGCUACCUGUAUUCGAAACUGAAAAACCAAAAUACACAAGAGUGCUCCAGUGCGUCAAAACUGAUGCAGUCCCAUGGAAUAGGUACUCAAGUGUUGUUGACUGCUACAGAGUUUAGUUACCUCUGCCCAGCUCUUAUUAAUCAGAUUGAUGGCAAAUACUGCAUAGUCCACGCAACUACUGAAAAAGCUGAAACUCCUCCAAAAAGUUAUUCUCUGCAAAUAGCUUGGAUUGGUGGCUUUAUAUCCAUCUCCAUCAUUAGUUUUCUUUCCUUGCUGGGUGUUAUAUUGGUACCACUGAUGAAUCGAGUGUUUUUCAAAUUUCUUCUAAGUUUUCUUGUGGCAUUGGCUGUGGGGACUUUGAGUGGAGAUGCUUUCUUACACCUCCUUCCUCAUUCUCAUGGCAACCAUCACCAUCACCAUGAAAAAACUCUGGUUGAACAAAACAAAAGCUCUAUGUUCAGACAUAUUGCUUCUCAAAGUGUAGAGGAGAGUGCCAACCUGGAUUCUACAUGGAAGGGACUUACAGCACUUGGAGGCUUGUAUUUCAUGUUUCUAGUGGAGCAUUUGAUCACUUUAAUAAAGCAGUUUAAAGACAAGAAGAAAAAGAAAAAAAAUGAAGAUGAUGGAGAAAACAAGAAGUUUUCAGCAAAUGAAGAAAAGUUAGACACAGAUGAUCGGCCUGAGGGCUACCUAGGGACAGACUCUCCAGAUCCAUCAACAUUCAUUUCUCAGCAGCCAACUGUACAAGAAGAAGAAGAAGUGAUGAUAGCUCAUUCUCAUCAAGAGGAGGUUGAAAACGAAUAUGUGUCCCGGGGCUGUAGAAACAAAUGUCAUUCUCACUUACAUGAUACUCUAGGACAGACAGAUCAUCUUAGUCAUCAUCACCAUGACUACCAUCAUAUUCUACAUCACCAUCAUCAUCAGAACCAUCAUCCCCACAGUCACAGUCAGCGCUACUCACGUGAAGAACUGAAGGAUGCGGGGAUAGCAACUCUGGCAUGGAUGGUGAUUAUGGGAGAUGGACUACAUAAUUUUAGUGAUGGCCUAGCAAUUGGAGCAGCCUUCACUGAAGGGUUAUCUAGUGGUUUAAGCACUUCCGUGGCUGUGUUUUGCCAUGAAUUACCUCAUGAGCUAGGAGAUUUUGCUGUACUUCUAAAAGCUGGUAUGACUGUCAAGCAAGCUGUGCUUUAUAAUGCUCUGUCAGCUAUGCUGGCCUAUCUUGGAAUGGCAACUGGGAUUCUCAUCGGUCAUUAUGCAGACAAUGUUUCCAUGUGGAUAUUUGCACUUACAGCUGGCUUGUUCAUGUAUGUGGCUCUUGUGGAUAUGGUGCCUGAAAUGCUUCACAAUGAUGCCAGUGAUCAUGGAUGUAGCCGUUGGGGAUACUUCCUGUUACAGAAUGCUGGGAUUCUGUUGGGUUUUGGGAUAAUGCUGCUUAUCUCCGUAUUUGAACAUAAGAUUGUUUUCAGCAUAAACUUGUAA